AUGCAGGCUGCGCGAUUAUCAGUUGGUGGGCCAGUCAGCACGCCAACGGCUAAACCCGCUGCAUUUAAAUCAUCCGCACCAAAAGGGAUUGAUGCUUACGGAUACGGACCUCUAGGAUCGGUUCCCGCACCACCACCGUUGUCGGUAUUAGCCGCCCCGGCACCGGAACAACCUGUGGAAGGUCGCGAAGAAUGGGCGAUUCGAUCUAAUAUCGCGCAACCUGGAGAAUGGGAAACCGUUACACCAUCAUCGCAGUCAUCGAUGGCGGCCAAAGAUCAGCAUAAAAAGACAGACACGGCAACGACACAUGACCAAAAACCCGAGUUUCAAGAUGAUGAAGCGGAAGAUGAAGAAGAUCUACGAAACUUCAAGAUCCGAGAAAAGGAGUUGCCACUCGAGACUGACGGGGUCCAUCAUUCAAGUGGUACAUUUGGCUCUCUUGAAGGAUGGCUCAUGGUUCUUUUAUCCUCUGUUGCUUGCGUUGUCGGAGCAUCGGUGGUGUUCAUCGAUAACGUAUGGCAUCGGGAUCAAGGCAGUAUUCUAGAAUCCCGCGCCUUUUUAGCCGGUUCAAUGGCUUUAGCUUCCGGUGUUCUGUUAUUUUCUUCGCUUGUAAUCUUGCUUCCGGAAGCCAAACAGCGUCUCCAUUCCGACUGGCUUGUGCAUGGCUGCUUCUUCAUCGGCGCUGCUGUCACAUUGCUACUUACCCGCAUCAUCCACUGGUGCACUCCCAAUGCCAUCCAUGCUUGUGGUGCCAAUCCGCAUCUCGAUUCCCACUCCCACGAACACAGUCAUCAAGAUGAAGAAGGAUCCAUACCACACAACGAUCACCAUGCUGACCACCAUGGACACUCCCAUGACGAUAAUGAGCGUGGCAAGUUGUUACAUCAGACCAGUCACGAUAGUUCACGGUACGGUUCCACUCCAUUUCGUGAAGCCCACUUUCGCUUGCAUCGACACGAUGAUGACGAUCAUGAUGACGACGAACUGUCAGAAAUGGAUCACCGACAAUUUUUCAGUAUGGGGAUUCAAACCGCCGUCGCCAUUUGCGUGCACAAAUUUCCAGAGGGUUUGAUUAUGUUUGUGUCAAGUCAAGCAUCGACCUCUUUGGGACUGAGUGUAUGCGUUGCCAUGUCUAUUCACAAUCUUACGGAAGGGUUCAUGAUAGCGUUACCGCUCUACCUCGCCACUCGAUCAAGGAUCUGGGCUUUUGCGUACGCUGCCUUUCUAGGGGGAUUGUCUCAACCCCUUGGCGCUGUGAUGGGCCUAGUAGCCAUCCGUAACGUCAGUGAGGCGCAAGAGAACAUGUUGUUUGGCAUUACAUUUGCGCUUAGUAUGCUGCCGCAAGCCAUCAAGGCCCAGCACGAAUACGUAGUCUCCUUCUUCUUUAUGGGCGUCUUUUUGGUGGGAGUGACUUCAGCAUUAGAAUCACUGCACUCUUAG